AUUCUGGAGGCAGAAUCGAGGAUCGAGUUGGCUCUACACUACAAGACACCCUAUCCGCGACUCUCCAAUCUGCCGCAGUCAACACUGGCAGGCGGCACCUCCGCGACGCGUGCUUUUCGACGCACUAGGCGCCUCAUAGAUGAGUCGGUGCCGGCAUACCUCAAGUCCUAUGCGCACACCGAACCGACGGAGCAGCCCCUGGCCUCUUCGCCGCCCCCCAAGAAGACGCCUGCUCCCACAAAGAAGUAG